AUGGCUGGAGGUGCUGUUGCCGAUGUCGGCUACACCUCGACUGGCCCUGUGGCCCGCCCCGUCAACGUGAGGCAGUCGCUUCCUGCUAUCCUGGUCGCUGCUGCUUCCGCUUUCGGCGGUGUUCUUUUCGGUUAUGACACUGGUACAAUUUCGGGUCUUCUCGUCAUGAAGAACUUCAAGGAGACUUUUGGUCAGCUUUUGCCCGACGGAAAGGUUGACCUCACCACCAACGACACUUCGCUUGUUGUCUCGAUUCUUUCGGCUGGUACCUUCGUCGGUGCCCUUGCCGGUGCUCCUCUAUCUGACAUCCUCGGUCGUCGAUGGGGUAUGCAGGUCGCUCUUUUCGUCUUCACCAUCGGUGUCGUCAUGCAGAUGGCCACCACUAACCUAGACGUUUUCAUCGGUGGCCGUGUCGUUGCCGGUCUCGGUGUCGGUAUCCUCUCCACUAUUGUACCCAUGUACCAGUCCGAGACUGCUCCCCGCUGGAUCCGUGGUGCGGUUGUUUCCGGCUACCAGUGGGCCAUCACCAUCGGUCUCCUCUGCGCCUCGCUUGCCACCUACGGUACCAAGAACCACGAUAACUCUGGCGCGUGGCGUAUUCCCGUCGGUAUUCAGCUCGCCUUCGCCAUCAUUCUUUGCAUCUUCUUCACGAUUCUCCCCGAAUCGCCCCGUUGGCUCGUCAAGAAGGGUAACCACGAACGUGCCUCCAAGUCGCUUGCCCGCCUCAACUCGACUGACGUUGACGACCCCAUUGUCCGCUCCGAGCUCUCGGUCAUCCAGACCAACCUCGACAUUGAGCUGACCCACUCGACCGGCUCUUACCUCGACUGCUUCAAGACCAACGAUCGAAAGUACUUGCUCCGAUCCCUCACCGGUAUCUUUAUCCAGGCCUUCCAGCAGCUCACCGGUAUCAACUUCAUCUUCUACUUUGGCACCAAGUUCUUCGAGACCGCUCUCCCCGGCUCUGACCCCUUCAUCUUCUCGGUCAUCUCCAACGUUGUCAAUGUCGUUUCCACCAUCCCAGGCAUGUACAUGAUGGAGCGUCUCGGUCGUCGUAAGCUCCUCAUCUGGGGUGCCGUCUGGAUGUGUCUCUGCGAGCUCAUUGUUGCCGUUGUCGGUACCGCUGUCCCCAAGGAGAACACUUCGGGUGGUAAGACCGCCGUCGCUUUCGUCUGCAUCUACAUUGCCGGUUUCGCCUCCACCUGGGGUCCUGCUGCCUGGGUCGUUUGCGGUGAGAUUUUCCCUCUCGCCAUCCGCGCCAAGGCUCUCUCGCUCUGCACUGCCUCCAACUGGCUCUGGAACUUUGGUAUCGGCUACGCCACCCCUUACCUCGUCGACUCUGGUCGCGGCAAGGCUGGUCUCGGUGCCAAAGUGUUCUUCAUCUGGACCGGUACCUGCGCCUGCUGUGCCGUCUUUGCCUACUUCCUUAUCUACGAGACCCGUCUGCUCUCGCUCGAGGAGGUCGACGAGAUGUACGCUCAGACCAACCCCAUCAAGUCGACCGCUGCCAACGCCGAGAUCCGCGCUCGUCGCUCCGACCUCGAGGGUGCCGUUGCCCCCGUCAAGGAAGACGAGCUGGCCACCCACGACGAGAAAAAGUACUAA